AUGCCGCAAGGUGCAGUACUCUUGUCCAGUGUACAAGGAUUAGCGAUUAAUAUCGAUCCAGUUCUGUAUACUUGGCUUAUCUACCAACCUCAGAGACGAGCUAGUAGACACAUUCAGCAGCAAUCUGUAGCAACUGUUCCGCUUGGUGUGUCAGUAACUCGAAAAAAAGAGGAUGAAGCAUCAGUUGGAAGUGCACCUUUGGCAAGGCAGCAGUCGAAUCAAGCCUCUGAGUAUGCCAGCAGUCCUGUCAAAACAAAAACAGUAACAGAAUCUCGUCCUCUGUCACUUCCUGUGAAAACCAUGCUGAACUCAUCUGAAAGCUGCAGAAGUCCUGAAGAAAGAAUGAAGGAAUUUAUUGGAAUAGUGUGGAAUGCAGUUAAGCGCCUUACACUUCAGCUUGAAGUGCAGUCUUGUUGUGUAUUCCUUCCGAACGACAGCCUGCCUUCCCCUAGUACUAUCGUAUCGGGUGACAUUCCUGGGACUGUGCGAAGCUGGUACCAUGGGCAGGCCAGCAUGCCUGGCACACUUGUUGUCUGCUUGCCCCAGAUCAAGAUUGUGAGCGCUGGACACAAACACAUGGAACCAUUGCAGGAAAUCCCAUUUGUUGUGCUGAGACCCAUCCUGGAAGAAGGUGAUGCUUUUCCAUGGACUAUCAGUCUGCAUCAUUUCAGUAUAUAUACUCUUCUUGGACAACAGAUGACACUUAAUUUAGUGGAACCAAUGGGCUGUACUUCUACUUUAGCUGUUACUUCACAGAAACUUCUUGCAUCGGGGCCAGAAUCCAGGCACUCAUUUGUUGUCUGCCUCCAUGUCGACCUUGAGUCCCUUGAAAUCAAAUGCUCCAACCCCCAGGUCCAGCUUCUGUAUGAACUGGCUGAAAUCACAAGUAAAGUUUGGAAUAAAAUUCAGAGGAAAGGAAUUCUGUAUCAAUCUUCUGUCUAUACUGAAACCAUGACAGGACCUGCUCCUCCUAGCUCUCCAGUUAAAAGUAGCGUUGGUACCGCUCCACCAGAUACCAGCACGUACAGCCCAUCUGCUGACGUUGGGACCACUACAGAGGGUGAUUCUCUUCAGGGUGGUGAUGAUUCUCCAUUCUCAGACUCCAUUACAUUGGAACAAACAACAAGUAAUAUCGGAGUCUCAAGUGGACGUGUCAGCCUAUGGAUGCAGUGGAUGUUGCCAAAAAUUACUAUAAAAUUGUUUGCUCCUGAUCCUAGAAGUAAUGGCACAGAAGUUUGUGUUGUCAGUGAAUUAGAAGAUCUCAGUGCCUCAGUAGAUAUGCAGGAUGUCUAUACCAAAGUUAAAUGUAAAAUAGAAAGCUUCAAUAUUGACCAUUACAGAAACAGCCUUGGGGAAGAUUCUUGGUCUCUGGGGCAAUAUGGAGGUGUAUUCCUUUCCUGUACUGACAAGCUGAACAGACGUACCUUGUUGGUUCGACCCAUCAGCAAGCAGGACCCUUUCAGUAAUUUCUCUGGCUUCUUUUCCUCUACAACUGCUAAACUUUUAGAUGGUUCACACCAACAACAUGGAUUUCUUUCUCUCACUUAUACCAAAGCUGUGACAAAAAAUGUCCGGCACAAGCUGAUAUCAAGAAAUGAAAGACGAACAUUCCAUAAGGUAUCAGAAGGUCACAGUGAUAGUUCUCCUCACUUUCUUCAUGAGAUCCUCCUCUCCGCUCAGGCCUUUGAUAUGGUCCUAUGUUUUCCUUUGCUUAAUGCAAUUGCAAGCAUUUUUCAAGCCAGGUUGCCAAGGAGUCAAAAGGAGAAAAGAAAAUCACCAGGUCAACCUAUGAGGACUCAUACUCUAACUUCCCGCAACUUGCCUCUGAUUUAUAUCAACACUGGUGUAAUAAGAGUCUUCUUUCCCAAAAAUGAGGAAGAUCGUCAUACUGCAGAAGGUACAGUAUUUUGUGUUGGAGAUACUUUGCUCUUCGGUAUUGUAAACGAAUAUGGCAACUUCGUUAAAUCACUGACCAUUGCUAGGGCGUUCUAA